AUGGGGAUGAUUAUGUUAGGGAGAAAGGUCGAUCACUCACAUAUCAUGUUCAAUUCCUUGGGCCCUUGGUGGAAAGAGCCUGGGUAUCUGCAGUCAAUCUUAUUCCAUUUGAGGGAAAGAGUCAAGUUUGACAGCAAGUCCGUUUCAAGUAGUCGUGAGUUCUGGACAGAGUCUUGGAAAGAAGCCGAAGAGGCAAUGAAACUUACACUUGAUGAAAGGAUUGAGAAGUUUGGUCGGAUCUCUGUCAAACUGAAAUCCAGAAGAUUUUACAAAGCUGAAGAAGGACAGACCUUGCAAGUGAUGAGUACUAUCCCUCUAACUGUGGAAGAAGAAGCUGAGUCGCUAGCUAAUUUUCUCAAGGAUGAAAUGGGCGUACGUAUCGAAAUUAAUCCUGAAUUGGAUAGAAAGUGCCUUGAAGAGGAAUUACGAACACUCUGGCCUACACUUGAUAUUCCCACAAAACGGAGAUACCUGCAGGACCAGCUUAGUAUAUUUAAUGACUCUUUACAACGUGUAGAAAAGACUCGUAAGUGUAAAGAAGUUGCAGCUAGUAAAGCCCAGGAAUCUGCUGCAAAGUCUGCAGAAAAUCGAAAUUCCAAUAAAUCUAGCAAAAAAUCUGAAGUGAAAAAACGCCAACAACAACAAACAUCAGAACCACAAGAAUUUGAUGUUGAAAUCCACCGGUUAAUUGUCUCACCGGCACAGUAUCGUUUACAACCAGUUUGUCCUGUAUGUGAAGUAUACUCUGUUAUACCAGGUGAAAUGUUACAGUGUCGUGGUCCAUGCGGUAGAAUUGUACAUAUAAAAUGUAUGAAGUAUAAAAGUCCACCUCCAUCAGACAAUAAUCGUCCUGAGAGAUUUCGUUGCCCACAAUGUCUUAGUGGUGAAUUCUUGUGUUCAAUAUGCGGUAAACCAGAUGAAACAGGAACUAAGGAUGGUGUCGGUCAGCUGUAUGCGUGUCAGGUUGUUAAUUGUGGUAGACAUUUUCAUCGAGAAUGCUUAUCUGGAUGGCCUGGCGCAAUGACAAGACCAGAAUCUUCAUCUACUCGACCAGGAGGUUUUCAAAUUCUGCGUUGUCCUGCUCAUACUUGUAACACGUGUUAUUUGGAGUCGAAUGAAACUAAUCAUCAUAAAACAACAAAAAGAUCAACUUCUAAUGAAGGACCAUUUUUAGAAUGUGUUCGAUGUCCAGCAGUAUUUCAUACCGGUGAUUUGUGUACACCAGCUGGUUCAGUUGAAGUUUCGCUAUCGCAUAUUGUCUGUCCCAGACACUUUGAUGACUCUCUGCAAUCGUUACCAAAUUUUAAAACGCAACAUCCGAAUUGGUGUUUCCAUUGUUUCCGCCCAUCAGGAGAACGUAUUGACUGUCACUACUGUCCAACUACCUAUCACAAAGAUUGUCUACAACCUUCAUUUGGGACUUUCACUGAUGACAAAUUUGUGUGUCGAUCUUGUCGACAAGGUGUAUUCCCAAGAUAUGCUCAAAUUAUUUGGGCAAAAAUAGCACGUUUUCGUUGGUGGCCGUGUGAAAUAAUCCACGCACGAAAUGCUCCUAUCAAUAUCUUAAAUAUGUCACAUCCAGAAGGUUCUUUUCCAGUGCAUUUUCUUGCCUCGGAAGAAUAUCAAUGGCUUAAUCGUGGUCGUGUAUUCCCCUAUGAAAUUGGCCUGCAGACUCCAGCGGCUAAAGAUACGCAUUCUUCAAAUAAAAUUGAAGCAGCUUUUUCACGAUCAUUACAUCGUGCACCGAAAGCGCAUGCCAUCUAUGUGAAUCAUGUCCUACGUCGUGGUCUCCCACUGAAUUCAAUGCAUGCUGAACAAUUACCCGAGAAUGAAUUACUCCCCUUAGAUGCAUUCAAUAUGCAUUCAAAAAUCAGUUCGAAAGGAAAUACAAAAGAAGAAGAUAAUCAAUUAGCAACUGUUCUAAAGAGUAUUACACUAAUUAAAAGUAAUAUUUAUUCUGAUGAAUGUUUAUUGAAGCUUGAAGAUAUAAAAACAGCGUAUGAAUCACUUACUGUAUGCUCGUGUAAAUCUUCUACCCUGGGUAAUGGAGAUGGUGAUGAUGAUGACAAUUUAAACAACAAUGUAUUAUGCUCAACUAGUCAUCAAUGUCAUCAUUUCUUGAAUAAAUAUGAAUGUACAUCAAAGAUUUGUUCAUUUCCAGAGAAUGUAAACUGUGGUAAUCGAAGAUUUGCCCUACUGCAUUCAAUGACUACCGAUCGACACAAGAAUAUAUUUAGCGUUAUGCGUACUGUUAAUCGUGGAUAUGGUUUAAAGUCUUCAAUGUCAUUUAAAAAAGGUGAUUUAGUUAUCGAGUAUACCGGUGAAGUCAUUGAUGUAUCCGAAGCGAAUCGUCGAAUUUUAGACGCUCUCGGUGGACACAACGCCUUGUCCAGUAUAACUUCAUCACGUAAAGAUUUUCAUCCAGUCAGUGAAACUUACCUAGCACGGUUUAGUCCACGUAUGGAUUUAAUUCUAGACGCUAAAAAUCAAGGCAGUUUAAGCAGAUUUAUUAAUCAUGCAUGUGAACCAAAUUUACAUGCUGAAUGUUGGAUAGUUGAUGGACAUCCACGACUUGGACUUUUCGCCAAUCGAUCUAUCAAAGCUAAUGAAGAGUUGACAAUCAACUACAUUACUAAUCAAUUCCUGUCAACUGGUCUAAUGGCUUUCACUAGUUUAUGUUUAUGCGGUGCAGACACUUGUGUCAGUACACCGCGUUUACCAACUUCAUUUAAAUUAUCCAGUGAAGAAACAGUCAAUCAUGAGGAUGAUAAUUAUGCCGGUGACAAUUCUCUGACUGCUGCUGCUACCGCUGUUGUUGUCCCACGAACACCCGUAUCACCGGAUAAAAGAAAAUCUAUCAAAAAAAUUGAUGAUGAUGAAGCAGAUUCUUCUUUUACUUCAACAAAAUAUGAUGAAGCAUCACCAGCAGUACUGACAGGCACUCCACUCAUAUCAGCAGCUGUCUCAUUGUCUACACGUCGUUCACGUUCACAUGGUGGUAGUCGUCGUUAUCUAGCUCAAAUAAAACCUGCAGGUAUGGCUGCCUGUGUUGCUGCAACAUCUGUGAAUAGAAAGAAUGCUGAUGAACAAAGUUAUCUGGUUGGUCUUGGUCCACCACUUUCUGAAGAUUUUUGUUACAGAUGUGGAGAUGGUGGCCAGUUAGUAUUAUGCGAUAAAUCCAACUGCUCAAAAGCUUAUCAUGUACGCUGUCUUGGUUUAUCCAUUCCACCAUUAGGUAUAUGGUAUUGUCCAUGGCAUUAUUGUGAUGUCUGCGGGCUUAAACUUCCUCUUUUCAAGUUUGGAGAUAAGACUAUGGCUGUAUCAUAUGUUAGAAGGCAUUGGUCAUGUUCAUAA